UAUACGCAGUACAUGUACAUGUACAUGUACAUAGGUAUUUAGCUUGCAAUGUAGAAUCAGAUAUAACAGACCCAGUGUUACCGUGGCAGAACGAGAGGCGCUUUGAGUUUCAACAGUCACUAGCAAAGAAUUUCAACAACCACCAUGUCGACAGGAUACAACAAGUUCCAGGACGAGGAAGCUGCGGACACCGCGCCGCCACCGCAGUACAGCCAGGCCAUGGUCAUGGACACCACGGAUCCUGCAGUGGGGCAGCCGGGCUAUGGUCCGCCCAUGGGCGCUCCGAGUAUGGGACAGGGCUAUGACCCGUCCAUGGGCGCUCUGAGUCCUGCGAUGGGACAGGGUUACGGCCCGCCCAUGGGAACCACGACCACAGUUGCGGUGGCGCCCCAACCUCAAACCAUCAUGUCCACUACCGUCUGCCAACCUGACGACUACUUCGGGCUUGCCCUGUUUGUGACCAUUUGUUGCUGCCUGCCCCUCGGCAUUGUGGGAUUGAUCAAAGCGAACGAUGUUCGUAACCGUUUCCAGGUGGGUGACAUCGCUGGCGCUGAGCAGGCCUCCAGGGAGGCCAAGACCUACUCCUUCUUGGGCCUUGGCUUCGGUAUCGGCAUCAUUGUGGUGGCGAUUAUCGUCACCAUCAUCUGUGUGGUCGUUGCUUUGCAAAGUGUUUAAAUGGAAGCCCACAGGAACGACUGCGGGGGUGGAUUUUUCAAUAGGUGCCAGGGCGGACCUGGAGGGCCAAAGUCCGCCAGUUUUUAAGUGGGGGGGGGGGCUUUUUCAUUUCAUUCCUUUGCAGUUUGGCCGCACUCCUCCUAAAGGGCAUAAGAGAUUUUGGUUUUGGAUUCGCCCAUGCAUGCAUGCUGAAGACUUCUUGGAAGGGAACAUAUACUUGAAGGUAAUAUACAGGCGAUUCAAAGUAGUUCACCUCCAAGAGUUUGCAACUGUGCAACGCGUUGGCCAAUCACAAUGCACGAAAUCUGUCGACCCUUUCCAAACGCACAUUGGGUGGGCCGUGGAGGAAGGAGGGUGGACAGAUGUCGCGCAUUGUGAUUAGCCAACGCGUUGCAAACCUUGGAGACGCACUAUUGUGAAACGCCCGCAUUCACGACCCCUGGGAGACAUCAAUCAACUCCCUGUAGCUCUGUAACACCAGUCCAAAUAGUUUUGAACGAGUAAACGAUGCUCUCCUGUUCCCAGUUAUGAAGGUUAACCUUCCUUUAUAAAUGGUCUCCCCAAUGCGUGUGUUUUAAAUACAAAUCUUCAAAAUGCACCUUCGUGCCUUAGCUAACCUAAUUUCCAAUUUUAUUCCCCUGUUUAUGUGUUGGUUAAUAUUUUCCUGGUAGCAGAACUUCAUUUCCAUUUCUCUACGAAUUGGGUUUGUGUCGAUUCUUAGGGAAGAUUAGCGCGCAAGGCCUUUCUCAGGCAUUUAGUCAACGAGUUUGGGGCUCACAAAAUAUGUCUUCCUGGAGUGGUCAAUGAACGCAUUACGCAAAAAUGUGAACGACAAAAGUACAUUUUCAAAUCAUUUAACGUGAGCUCCCUGUGAUGAAUGUUUUACAGUGGAAAGUUUUACACACUGAAGGUGAGUUACCGAAAAAUUGUGCAUUGGCCAAAUUCCUUGCUGCUAUACCCUUUUGGUCCAAUUCAGCAUGGCCGGCUCGUGAAACUAGUCCAUUGCAGCUGAACUUACUGCAGCUUUCAACACGAAGUGACCUGUGUCGUGUUAUCUUUCAUCCAAGUUGAUUUCAAAGGUGUAACUCUCAACAAAAACCAUGUCUUCUUUAAAAUGGGAAAUAAAUAUAAUGUAUAAAUGCUUUACAUUGUUCCUCAUUCCAUGGCGUGAUUCUGCUAUAGUGCUUAGUAGACUUUUGCACUCAUUAUUUGAAUAUCUUGAUAUUAUUUUUUAUGUAAUUAAAACUGUCGAUACGACGGGUAAGGUACAUCAGCUGGAAUUUGUGAUUUUUUUGUAGAAAUUUAAGCGUAUUUUUAUUUGCUCUGAUUUUUGGACAAAUAUAUUGUCUGUUCCUCACGCAGUAGUGUGACUAUUUUAAGUGAGCACAAGAAGUUUUCAAAAUGAAACGGUAUCCAUUACAUUUUCUGCGACCAACUGUCAUGUUUAAGACCAUCUUGAAAUAAUGUCAUCGGAAGAAAAAUGCAGGUUUCAUUACUGAUAAUUGUUUUCCAUGUGGUUAACAUAAUCUGUAAAAAAAAUAAAGCGAGAGAUAUCGAGGUAUGUC